ACUGCCUCUGCUCUUUUUGCAUUUAAGAAUUAACAGAUGUGCUUGCUUUGAAGAAACUGAUUCAUUUCUUGAUGGGAAGAAAAAUCUUUAGUUUUUCACUUAUCUUUUUAUGUAUAGGAUUUUCAUUAACUUUGGAUCAAAUACUUGCCAGGAAGAAUGUAAGUUUCAUCUCUCGAAUAUCUUCAAAUAAAGAAGUGGUUAUAAAUGAUAAGCAGAGUAAUGGAGAUGUGAAUCCAAUCCAGAAUUUCACAACAGUACCAAUCACUCAGACUCUCAGCUACACUCUGAGCGGACAUGGACAUUUAGAAAAAGAACCUUGGAAUGCAUUCAGCCACCAUAGCCCAGUUAAUGUCUCCAUGGAUGGAAUUCCCUGCAUUCUUUUCUGGGCCAAAGGAAUAACAAUAAAAUUUAAGAAUCAGACCUGGCUGGACCUUACAGAUGAAGCUUUUGGCCAGAAGACAACAGUGGACAUUAGCAACUCAAACUGCAGUGAAGAAAGUGCCAUUUUGUCUCUGAAGUUUGGUGAUGCUGAAAUUCCCAAAGGUCUUGAUAUAAGAUUCACCCUUACCAAUUACAACAAGUUGUACCUCCAGAGCUGGUUUAGUCUGCAGCGAGUUGAGAUUAUUUUCAAUAAUUCAGUCCAAGCAACUUUUAAUGCAACUGGCAUAUACGCUCCGUCGAGUUAUUCCUACCAUUGCCAGCGUGUCAGCAGCCUGCAGCGGUAUGAUGCCCUCUUGCUGCCCAGCUACACAGAUGAUACGUCAAGCCUGUGGGAGGUCACGUUUGUUGAUUUCCAGAUCCAAGGCUUCACCAUCAAGGGGAGGCAGUUUGCCAAGCCCCGAGACUGUGCCUCCUCCUUCUCACCAGCCAUUCUGAUCGGCCUGGCCAUGUCCCUGAUCCUGCUGCUGGUGUUGGCCUACGCUCUGCACAUGCUCAUCUACCUGCGCUAUCUGGAGCGGCACUACGAUUUCCUCACCUCUCCGGCCCACUUCCCCCAGCUGAAAUCUCGAGAUGCAGCAGAAGAGAAGGAGUUGCUGAGGAGCCAGGGCGUUGAGUGCUAUGAACUGAGAAGCCCAAAUAUCUGCAAAAUUUAUGUGUAA